AUGACUGCCUUUCAAUUUGCCAACUCCUCUCAGCCAGUCCCAGAUGCAAUAGACAUUCCCAUCAGCUUUUCAAUCAAAGCAGCUCCUUCAACGGAUGUCUGGGACAAACCACCUGCCACGCACAGCUUCAACGCGCCCAUACUACACCGAGUAUUGCCACUGAAGACAUUUAAACGCGCACGGGUAUCGGUCGCUGCUGAGUGGAAGAAUCUCUACGAUCAAGGCGGGCUGAUACUGGUGAUAUAUCAAAAGGACGGAGACAACGAACAACAACAAACUAGAAAAUGGAUCAAGACGGGGAUCGAAUUCACGGCGGGCAAACCACAUAUCAGCGUGGUUGCCACAGACCGCUGGUCUGACUGGAGUCUGACUCCUGUGCCGUCUGGCGGCAACACAGCGACGAUUGAGAUUGUGAGAGAAGAAGAACAGGAAAAUACGUUGUGGGUGUAUCUCGUGGAUGGUAGUUCGCGUUUUCCGUUGCGGGAGGUUACCUGGGCGUUUGAGGAAGAAAAGACAGCCGAAUGUUGGAUUGGGGCCUAUGCAGCAAAGCCUUACUCUUCUCCUGACACCGAUGACCUGGCUGUUGAUUUCCAGCAUCUGAUCGUUGAAACCGUUGUUGACUAG